AUGCAUGUUGACCUUAGCCAGAAUAUGUCACGCGUAGAUUUUACUUAUAACUUUGAUCACAUUAUCUUACCGCGUUACGAUCAAGUAUUCUCAUUAACUCUAUCAAAUAGAAACAAGAUUGACGCCGUUCAUUUACCUAUUAUUAAGCGAUUUACGAAUCUUACGACAUUGAUUUUAAUUGAUAUAGAUACGAAAAAUAGUCUUGAAUCGUUACUUCUACCGUUAGAAUCAUUACAAAUAGUAAAAAUACCUGAAAUAUCAUCACAAAAUCUAAACUUAUUAAAUGUAUUGAAUAUUACAUCACUGACAGUUAUUAUAUGUGAUAUAAAUAUAUUUUAUUAUUUGAAUUCAACUAUAAAAAGUCUAACAGUUCAACGAUUUUCAAACAAAUUGGAUAAAAAGAGACAAUCAGCAAUCGUUGAAAAUAAUCUCACAUAUCUAGAUAUUACUCUUGAACAACGUGAUUGGAGUGAUAUUGAAUUUAUUUUACAACAUCUUAUAGGACGCAAACUGAAACAUUUUUUGUUAAAAACGAAUAAUUUCUCUACUGACUUUGAUUUACAGACGAGAUUUUUGUCAUGGUUAAAUGAUUCAUGUAAUAUUGAAGUGUUUAUUGAAGCGGGAAUUGGUGAUCACGAAGUAUCAAUAGCAAAAUUUCAAAAUUACUACGAUAUAGAAUCUCGAACAUUUUGUAUUCAUUCGUUGCCCUAUCCUCUAAAUCACUUGAAUAUGAAAUGGUGCAAAGACGAUAGAUUGAACUAUGAUAGAGUAAAAAGGAUCAAAUUAAUAAUAGAUAAAUACUAUCAAAACUAUAAAUGUAAUGGUAAAUUUCCUAAUGUAAAUCAGAUAGAAUUUAGUAUGCACUGGUCAAUUUGGAAAACAAAUAUUGAUCAAUAUUCAACUUUAAUUGAUCAAUUAUUUUUUCCUUUUCCAUUACACAAUAUACAAACAUUAAAAUUAGAUGAGUUCAAACAGAGUAGAAGUAAACGCAGUUAUUAUAGUGAACAAUUAUUGUUCGAAAUGCUAAAACGUAUGCCAAAUUUAAAAAAUCUUACGUUUUUUCCAUCACGUAAUUUGGAUCAAAUGGUAAAUGUGCUCGAACGGCAACGUAUAAACAAAAUUGAGGAAAUUGAAUUUCCAGCGAGACAACCUACCGAUGUUGAUCUUUCGCCGCUGCGCGAUUUACCAUGA